AUGUGUAGGCUUGAUAGAUUUUUGCUCUCUCCUUCCUUUGAACUCAAAUUUCCUCUUGCCUCUCAACUUGCAAAACCUAGACCAACUUCUGAUCAUAUUCCUUUAAUUCUUGAUCUCUCUGAUUCUUCUUGGGGAUCUAGCCCGUUUAGAUUUGAGAUUCUUUGGUUUUUGGAAAAUGGCUUUGUGGAAAUGUUGGAAAAUUGGUGGAACUCUUUCUGUUUUACAGGUACACCCAGUGAGAUUUUUUGGUUAAAGCUAAAAGAACUGAAAGGUUUACUCAGGGUGUGGAACAAAGAUACUUUUGGCCAUACAACAACCAAACUACAAAAUAUUUUUUCUGACAUUCAAGUGAUAGACAGUGUUUCUGAAAGUGUUUGCUUGUCACAAGAUCAAGUCAAUGCAAAGAUUAGUCUACAAGAUGACUUUGAGAAAGUGACUCUUAUGGAGGAGACUGAUUGGAGGAUUAAAUCAAAAUCUAAGUGGAUCAAAGAAGGAGAUAGGAACACUGCUCAUUUCAUGAGAAUUGCUGCUGCAAAAAGGAGGUACAACAGAAUUAGACAAUUGUACAUAGAUGGAGUUAUGAUAUCUGACAAAACAGUUUUGCAGGAACAUAUUGUAGCCUUUUAUAGAACUUUAUUUACUGAAGAGAUGCUCAUAAGACCUGAAUUAGAGGGCAUUAAUUUUGAUCAAAUCAACUCUGAAGAGGCAACCAUUCUUGAGAGUAAUUUUACUAAAGAUGAAGUUUAUUCAGCAAUCAAAGAUUUGGGCAAUGAUAAAGCUCCUGGUCCAGAUGAUUACCCUAUUUUGUUCUUCUUCAAUUAUUGGAAGUUCUUGAAACAUGACUUAAUGGCAGUAGUACAUGAGUUUUGUACAAGUGGAAGAAUAGAUACAAGGCAUAAUUCAACUUUUAUUGCAUUGGUUCCUAAAAGAGAUAGUAUUGAAACCAUAAAAGAUUGUAGGCCUAUAUUUUUGCUAACUAGUGUUUACAAAAUUAUAUCAAAAGUUCUUGCUACAAGAUUAAGCUUAGUUAUGGAUAAACUUAUCUCACCGGUGCAGUGUGCUUACAUUCAAGGAAGACAAAUUAUAGAUGGUACUCUCAUAGCUAAUGAGAUGGUAGAUUCAAGAAUAACCCCAGGUGUUCCUGGAUUAAUAUGCAAAAUUGAUCUAGAGAAGGCAUUUGACAGAGUCAGUUGGUUUUUUUUGGAAAAGAUGUUAAAAAAGAUGGGUUUUGGUGAUCAAUGGUGUAAAUGCCUGAGAUUCUGUUACUCAACAGCUUCCUUCUCUGUUCUUAUUAAUGGUACUUCUUUUGGGCACUUCAAUAGCUCUAUAGGGGUAAGAAAAGGAGAUCCUCUAUCUCCUCUUCUCUUCAACAUUGCAAUGGAGGGAUUUUCUAGGUAUUUAGACAGAGUUGCUGAAAUGGGUCAGUUCAAUGGCUUUUCAAAUGUGCACAAUGGAAUUGUCAUCAAUCAUCUUCAUUAUGCAGAUGACACAAUCUUUUUUCUAAAUUAUUCAAGAGAUGAAUUACAUAAUUGGUUUUCUUCCUUGAAGUGCUUUGAAUUGAUCGCAGGAUUGAAAAUAAACACAUCAAAGAGAAGAAUUAUUCCAAUUGGGGAUUGUCAAGACUUACAAGCUUGGGCAAUGGAGUUAGGUUGCAUUACUGAUAAGCUUCCUUUUAUAUAUUUGGGCAUGCCACUUGGAGCUAAAGCAAAUUCCAAAGCUAUAUGGGAUCCUAUUCUCAACAAAUUUGAUGUCAGGCUUUCUCAUUUGAGCAAAAUUUCAGUUUCCAAGGGAGAAAAUGAGAAAUUUCUUAUGGGUAGUUCUAAAACUUCUCAUUUGGUAAAAUGGAGUUUGGUGCUUGCUGAUAAGAGUAGAGGAGGUUUAGGUGUUUUAAAUCUGAGGCAAAUGAACAUUGCAUUACUUGCAAAGUGGGUCUGGAGAUUUGGUGUGGAGAAAGAUCAGCUUUGGUGCAGGAUAAUAGCUAAGAAACAUGGCUCUAUGUCUUCUUAUUGGUUACCUGGUAGAGUAACAAAUUCUUCUGGUAUUUCUUGUUGGAAAAUUAUUGUUGAAACCAGUCAGCUGAUCAAUUUGUAUGUUUCUAUUAAUAUUCACUCUGGUUCAAGGGUUUCUUUCUGGUUUGACAAAUGGAGUGGAGAUGAGUCUUUAUGUACUUCUUUUCCUGAAUUGUUCAGAUUAGCUAAAGAUAAAUAUAGUUCAGUUGCUGGUCAUAUUUCUAAUGGAAGUUGGGCUUUUGAUUUUAAAAGAAGAUUGCUGGUAGAUGAAGUUAAUAAGUUUGCGGUUUUACUUCUUAGGAUUGGUUCCACACCUCCAACUCUGAAUGGCUCACCAGAUACAAGAAGAUGGACUUUGGGAAAUAAUGGAGUGUUCUCCGUUAAAACACUUUAUUCUCAGUUGAUUAAGUCAGAUGGUGUUACCGAUUUUCCUUUCAAGUUUGUAUGGAACUUCAAAAUACCACCAAAUCUAGUUUGGUGUGCAGUGCAUAGCAGACUCAACACCAAAGCUAUGCUUUUGCAUAAGGGAAUGGUACUAGACAUUGACUGUGUUAUGUGUGGAAACUUUGAAGAAUCUGCAAAUCACCUUCUUCUUCAUUGCAAGGUUUACAAUUCAGUUUACUGGAACAUGAUCCCAGCAUCUAUAGUCUGGGUCAUUUGGGCAGAACGAAAUGCGCGCACUUUUGAAGAGAAACACAUUUUCAAAACUGAUUUGGAUCUAAUCAUUGAAGCCAAAUCAUUAGUAACUUCCUGGGCAAGAUCUUUUGGUCAUCAAAAUGUUACGGUAGCUGACAAUUGGGAUGCAAAUUUUCACCAAAUGUAA